CUUGUUUGUGUGUGUGCAUGCAUGGCAUGGAAUGAAUUGUGAGUCUAUGUCAUUGCUAUCCAGUGCUUGUGUGUGUGUUUGAAUGGUGUAUCACAAUGUGGUUUGUGUCGGUCAAGACAUUAGCGAGUUUUUACAACUCGCAUGUCAAGUCGUCGUUUGUGUGUCGCAUGUGUUUUUUCUAUUUUGUCGAGUGUGAAGUGUCGAUCGUGUCGCAGUUUGUACUCCUAAGACUAUUGUGGCUGCUAUACCUCCUGCCAGUCAAACCGCCAUAGCGUCGUCAAAUCUUCAUGGAAUUUCAUGAUUCAACUUGCUGCUGAUAGACGACAGCAACACGCUCCAGAUCCAAUUUACACAUCACCGUUUGAUUCAGUGACCAGAUCGUUAUCAGUAUUUGAAGCCGUCUGACGGAAAUCCGACUGUGCUCUCUAUCUCUCAUUAUAGGCACAUCUAAGCCUAUUGUGAUUAUAACAAGUGGUAUCAGAGCCCCUUGGAGCUGUCUCGACCAUGCCUAGGCCUGAGGAAGGGGGUGGCAGAGGUGUUGGAGGCAGAGAAGACGCCCAAGCACAAGGUCAACACCAAGAUCCACCCGUUGCUCCGGUGCAACCUAGCCUUGGACCCUCUAGGGAUGAGCCUAGAGUGUUUGGCCUUGACAAGUUCAACGGUGACAACUUUGCUGAGUGGUCCUUCAAGAUGGAGAACAUCUUUGACCACUAUGAUCUGCUGGAGGUGAUGGAAGGAACGGAGAAGCGCCCCGAGAACGACCCGGAGAAGAGCCCGUGGGUGCGGAAGAGCGCACAAGGCUAUCUUCUACUUGGGCAAGCGUUGGGGAGCAGCCAAAUCCGUCACAUCAAGCCCUUUCAGCGUGAACCAGCAAAGGGACCAAAGGCAUGGGCUGCUCUCAAGGGUGUACACGCUCCUGCAACAGCGGCGGUGGCUGUGGUUUUGGAGCGGCAAAUGGCGGCACUUCGAAUUGACGAAGGCGAACCGGUGGAGGAAGGAGUGCAGAAAUUCUUCGACUUGUUGACACGGCUCGAAGGAGCUGACCUGAACUACAGUGACCUUCAAAAGAAGACCAAGCUGCUAGCCUUACUUCCGGACUCAUGGUCCUCGCUCAUCAUCAACCUUAAUCGAGAUCUGCCCCGUCUCUCACUCGAAGAUGUGAAGCGGGAAAUCUUACAAGAAGAUUUCCGCCGUCGCGAAUUGGCGGGUCCCGAUGGUGCCGGAGUUGCAAGCAUGGGCCGUGGGCACGGCCGUGGAAGGGGCAGAGGGCGAGGAGGCAGUUUUGGCAGCAGCAACUUCAAUGGAGGCCGUGGUAAUGGAGGAUAUGGCAGCAACAACAAUGGCUACGGGCGUGGGCGCGGUCGAUUUGAUGGCGAAUGCCACUUUUGCCACAAGACCGGCCACAUGUGGAGAGAUUGCUUCAAACUACCUGAUGGCUGGACCCCCUCUCAAGGCCAAGAGGGCAGAGGAGCAAGGGGAGGAAGAGGCAGAGGUCGUGGAGGCCGUGGAGAGGCAAGUGGCAGCAAGCGUCAGCACCAAGAGUGAAGCGGAUGGUGGCGGUGAUCACGGAAAACAAAGUGACACCAGGAGUGACUCGAAGGAGUGCAAUCUUGGAGAGACCAGCAAGGCGUGUGAACCCAAGGAGAGUAGUGCAGCAGCCAAAGGUGGUGGAAAUGAGGAGGGGAAACCUAAGAUCAGCAAAGCAGCAGCGGCGAAGGAGAAAGGAGAGAGCUUGUGGGACACGAUUGCGAGUUUUUCCAACCCGACUUCCGCUACGGGAGAGUGUGAUUGGCUGACCUUGCAUCGGCGAAUGGGGCAUGUGGCAUUGCCCAUUUUGCAGCAGAUAGUUAAGCAAGAGAUGGUCAGUGGGAUACGUGUCAAGGGGGAGCCCAAUGAGGUGCUUGGCUGUCCAACAUGCAUGCAAGCCAAGUUCACCCGCUACCCGUUCCAUAGCUCGGAGACAACGGCGAAGGCACCACUUGAUGAGGUGGUGAUGGAUGUGGUGGGCCCCUUGAAGCUUGGAGCUGCUGGAGCUGCGUACUUCCUCACCAUUGUGGACGUCUACACUCGCAUGACUUGGGUGUAUGUGCUGCCGAAGAAGAGUGACGUAGCUGAAACGGUGAAGACCGAUUGGUUGCCGAUGGUGGAGCGGCAACAAGACCGACUUGUGAAGGCGAUUCGCACUGACCGUGGGGGAGAGUUCCUGAGCAAGGAUUUCUCAACUUGGCUGAAGAAGCAGGGCAUAAGGCACUCUCUUACCAUGCCCUACUCUCCUGCAAUGAACGGCAUCGCCGAGCGUGCGAAUCGGACACUCACGGAGACGGCUCGGGGACUUCUCAUUGAAGCCGGUCUUCCCAAUUACUUUUGGCCGGAUGCGGUGCGGCAUGCUUGUGUGGCCAAGAACAGAGCCUUGACUCAUGUGGGAGAAGACAAAUGGGUGCCCUAUGUGGAGUGGAUUGGAAGGAAGCCGAAGGUGGAUAUGCUUCGGGUGUUCGGGUGCAUGUGCAUGGCACUUGUGCCUAAGAAACUUCGGCACAACAAACUUGAUGCCAAGGCAACAUGGGCCGUGCACCUGGGCAUGGCUCAAAACAGCAAGGGAUGGCUUCUUUGGGACCCAUUUACCAAGAAGUUCUUGGUGAGCAGAGAUUGCAAGUUCAUGGAGAACUUACCGUACAAGGAGUGGAAGGCGGAGAACCAAGCGAAGAUUGGUAUGCGGCUUGGAGAGGUGAAGAGUAACGGCUUGGAGCAUGUGGAGCUGCCCUUGGAGCUGAGUAGCAGCAGCACAGUCACGAGGCAAUCUCCUCAAAUGAAUGGGGAUGAAGAGGAGGAGGAGGUGCAGCAAGGUGAUGAGCGUGCACCGUCACUUCCGCCUCGUGCUACAAGUGCUCGUGGGAACCGACCAGAUUUACCGCAACGCCAUGAGAGCAUUCAAGUCCCUGCAGCAGAGGAGGAAGGAAGGGGGAGAAGGAGAACUCAGCCCCCUAAUAGGUUGAGCUAUGAUCGGCUUGGAAGACCAGCCAACUCAACCUUGACCGGUUCGGCUCUCAUGCUAGGCGAUGAUGCGGAAGAUGAAAGCGAGGAGUGCGCCUUUGCCUUCUUCUCUCCGGUGGAGAUGCCGGGGGAGCCUACAAAUCCCAAGGAGGCUUGGGAGGGCCCCAAUGGGAAGGAGUGGAAGAAGGCCUCAGAUGAAGAAAUGGGGAGCAUCAUCGAGAACGACACGUUUGACUUGGUGAACCUACCUCCGGGGCGUAAGGCGAUCUCUUCCAAGUGGCUCUUCAAGCGCAAGACCGACGCCGACGGCAACAUCGAGCGCUACAAGAGCAGACUUGUAGCCAAGGGGUAUCAGCAGCAAGAGAAGAAGGACUACAAUGAAGUGUAUGCUCCUGUGGUGAAGGGUACAACCCUUCGAACCCUCUUCGCCGCGGCGGCCAUCAAAGGAUGGGUGGUGAAGCAAAUGGAUAUCGUAACGGCCUUCCUCAACGGCGUUUUGGAGGAAGAAACCUACAUGGAGCAGCCAGAGGGGUACAAUGAUGGGAGUGGCAGAGUGUGGAAGCUGAAGAAAGCACUCUAUGGCCUCAAGCAAGCCCCUAGGCAAUGGUACAUCAAGCUGCGGGAAGUUUUGGAGGCGAUCGGCUUCACUCCCUCAACGGCCGAUCAAUCGUUGUUCAUGCUUGGCGAGGGGGAGCAGAGGAGCUUCAUGGUGGUUUAUGUGGAUGACAUCCUUAUAUUCUCACCCUCCUCUGACCUUGUGAAGGAGGUGAUGCUGAAGCUUCAAGACAAGUUCAAGUGCAAGACCCUUGGUGACGUCAACUACUACCUUGGGCUUCACAUUGAGCGAGAUGUGGAGAAGCGGUGGAUGCGAGUGCAUCAAAAGAAGUACUUGGAGGCCUUGGCUGCAAACUUUGGGAAGAGUGAAGGUCAUGUGGCUACUCCUCUUCCCUCAGGGUUCAAGUGUGUGAAAGGACCAGCGGAGGAAAGUGUUGGUGAAGAGGAGAGGCGCCGUUUUCACUCCUUGGUGGGCAGCCUCAUGUAUGCGGCCGUUCACACAAGGCCGGAUGCAGCCUUUGCUACCGGGCAGCUGGCUAGGGUUGUCCAAUGCCCUAAUGAAGAGCAGGUAGCAGCUGGAGAGAGAGUGGCCAAGUACCUUGGCCAAACAGCAACUGUUGGACUGCAAUACUCCGCGGCGGCACAAAGGCGUCAAAAGGGUGCGGAUGGAGUCGAACCCGGGAGGCUCUUUCUCACCGCCUUCUCUGAUGCAUCUUGGGCAUCAGAACCAGAGGACAUGACAAGUGUGGGAGGCUUCAUCUGCUGUGUUGGUGGAGGGCCAACAGCUUGGGAGAGCAAGAAGCAAGUGGACCAAGCAUUGAGCUCGGUGGAGUCCGAGUACAUGGCACUCUUCCGUGCCAUAAGAGAGGUUGUGUGGCAGCGGCGUUUGCUAGCUGAAUUGGGGGAGGAGCAGCAAGGACCUACCCCACUCUACUGUGAUAGCCAGGGUGCUAUUGCAUUGGCUAAGAACCCCGUUCUUCAUGGCCUUACCAAGCACAUGAAGGUGAAGUGGCAUUGGGUGAGGAGCAUGGUAACCGCGGGUGAAGUGGAGUUGCACUACGUGAAGACGACGGCGCAGCCUGCUGAUAUGAUGACCAAGAGGCUGGUUGAGCAGCAGCAUUGGAAGUGUUGCAAGCUUGCUGGGAUGGCUCUGAACUAAGGGGAGCAGAUUCUAAGGCCAACAAUCCGAGGGGGAGUUUGUUGGUGCAACCCUAUGGCUUGCACUCGGCUUGUCGUCCUUGUUUGUGUGUGUGCAUGCAUGGCAUGGAAUGAAUUGUGAGUCUAUGUCAUUGCUAUCCAGUGCUUGUGUGUGUGUUUGAAUGGUGUAUCACAAUGUGGUUUGUGUCGGUCAAGACAUUAGCGAGUUUUUACAACUCGCAUGUCAAGUCGUCGUUUGUGUGUCGCAUGUGUUUUUUCUAUUUUGUCGAGUGUGAAGUGUCGAUCGUGUCGCAGGUGUGUGCAGCAAGCCCCCAUCAACUCAAGAAGAAUUUAUCUUGCAGAUCCAGGAACAAGAGCUCAAGAUUUCAAGCCCAAGGGACGCGGAUAAAUAUUAAAUAGUGAAAAUAGUAACGUUACUUCGUGUAGUGUUACAUUUCACUUGGUGUAGCCCCUUGGAGGGUUGGUUUCGAGACUCUUCAUGGUUGGGGACUCUGUGUUGGUGUACCACCAACCUAGACCUCGGCUCUUGGGGUAUGUAGAGGCUGGGAACCAUCUCCCUCUCGAACUCUUCUUGCUAAGUUUGUACUUCCAAGACUAUAGUGGCUGCUA